AUGGCUCCAUUCUUGAACGACAGUGAAGUGACUACCACUGGCCCUGGGAAUGAAGGGAAUGAGCGUCUCUGCCAAAUCGUCACUCCUGUAGGAAACUUCGGCAAUGGAUUUGUUGACUCUCAAGUGGAGGCGGCUUUGGAAAGCACAACAGAGCUAUCCACACCGACAGCAAUCAUCCUUGAUUCCGGUUCCACAGAUUCCGGGCCUUCGAGAUUGGCUCUUGGUUACUUGGCCUGCCCGAGAUCAUGUUAUGAGCGGGACAUGAACAGACUCGUUAACUUCGGCGUCAAGUACAAGGUUCCUCUGCUGAUAUCCUCGGUUGGGGGUGACGGAAGUGAUGAGCACGUAGAUGAGUUCCUGGCCAUUAUCAGAGAGCUGGCCCAGCUUCCAGAGAACAGCUCAUGGAACCUCAAGGUGAUUGCUAUCUAUGCCGGGGUGACCCCAACCAGAGUGACGGAAAGGCUACAGUCCGGCAAGAUCAUUGGCUGUGGCAAGACUGUCCCUGAGCUUACCCAGAAGGAGAUCGAUCAAGUGCCUAGAAUCGUGGCACAAAUGGGCCCUGAGCCAUUCUUACAGGCAAUGCUUGAUAAUCCAGAUUUUAACAUCAUCAUUGGUGGCAGAAGCUAUGACCCGUCUCCAUAUAUUGCAUAUGCCGCUUACAAUGCUCUUCAAAAGAAGCCGGGUGAUAUGUACAGCCUCGGAAAGGAUGUCAUGGGUUCCUUUACUCAUAUGGGCAAAAUCAUGGAAUGUGGGGGGCACUGCGCGACUCCCAAGAGCAACGGCGCAAUUGCACACGUAUACAAAAAUGCCACCUUUGAUCUCACACCUAUGGAUCCUCUUGCAAAAUGCAUUCCACGCAGCGUUGCAGCUCAUUCGCUGUAUGAGAAGCCUCGCCCUGAUAUUCUCCAUGGUCCUGGUGGUUAUAUGAAUCUCUCCAACUGUACAUUUGAGCAGCUUGAGGACGGACGAACAGUGCGUGUAAGUGGGGCAGUAUUUGAAGCAUCCCGUGCCAAUGGCGAAAAGUACACCGUCAAGCUCGAAGCCGCGCGGGUAAUGGGCUUUCGGACGCUUUUUAUGGGCUCAUUCUCUGAUCCAAUCUUGAUCAGCCAGCUCGAUAACAUGCUCGACCGGAUCAGAGCGUAUGUAAAGAUGCAGCACAAGGACGUGACAGAGACCUGGGACCUGGGAUUCCAUAUUUACGGCUUGAACGGAGAAGCAGUCAAGGCUUCACCAACGUUUGUCGAUCGCCCAUACGCUGUGACCCAGCGUGUGUUCGUUGUCGGUGAAGCCAUAGCAGAGACCCAGAAGCUUGCCACCAGCAUUGCAAAUGUUGCGAGAGUCGGCUGCGUUCAUGCUCCUUACAAAGGACAGAAGGCUACAUCUGGAAACUUCGGCUUUGGUAUUGGGGGCAAGCUUGAGCUUGAAGUCGCAGAAUGUGCCGAGUUCUGUAUCUACCAUCUCAUGUCUCUGGAAGAUGGCGAAGAAGAUGGAGUGUCAGCCUCAUGUCACGCUGAUGGCAUCGCCAACACUGUUGAUGGCAAAGGCCUCUUCCACUGGACUGUCGCCAACAUUGGUCAGGCUGAACCCCUGAAAGUAGCAGAAGCCAUCGGAUCCACUGGCACCUCUCACACAAACGGUGACGCCACAACAACGAAGACCAAAGCGACUUCAAUCCUUCCUCCAACUCAGGCCUUCAAAAUCCCAGAGAAUCCACGAUUCCUAGCGGACAUCGCGUCAGUGCUGCGGUCGAAGAACGCCGGACCCUACGAAAUCACUGUCGACAUUCUGUUCGACUUGGCCGAAGUCUACGAGCUAGUUAAGUCCUCAGGCGUGCUGACCGCCGAAAAGAUCGCCGAGCAGUACAAGCUGGUCCCGGGUGAAAUGGUCUGGUCCGGCUUCUUCGACUUGGCGCAGGCCUUCAAGGCCACUUUCCCACGCAAGCGGGACGGCAAGCUGCGUGUCUCGGGCGGAUACCUGGAGAACGAUGUCCAUGGCUCCCAGCAGUACUUGCAGCUUAUGGAGUUGAAGCUCAGUGAUGAUUUGCGCGAGAAACUUGUGGCUAUUCAGCGCCGCGAGGCCGAUAAAUUGGCCUCGCUACAGCAACAGCUAUCAACGCCACCAGCUGUGGAAGUAACUGUGUCAGCGUGA